CCAGCAAGGUACCUUCUCUUGUGUUGAGAGCACAGAGAGCCUUUCCACCAUGAGCUUCACUGGAAAGUACCAGCUCCAGUCCCAGGAAAACUUUGAGGUUUUUAUGAAAGCCCUUGGGCUCUCUGAUGACCUGGCUCAGAAGGGCAAGGACAUCAAGAGCAUCUCAGAAAUUGAGCAGGAUGGGAAAAAGUUCAAGGUUACUGUGACCACUGGCUCCAAAGUGAUGAAAAACGAGUUCACCAUUGGAGAGGAGGGUGACAUGGAACUCCCGAAUGGACAGAAAGUGAAGGCUCUUGUGCAGAUGGAGGGCAACAACAAACUGGUUGCAAAAGUGAAUGUCGGCAAAGGUGAGCUGACAUCCAUCACGGAGCUCAACGGAGACACCCUCACCAAUGUGAUGACCAUGGGUGACCUCUGCUGCAAGAGAAUCAGCAAGAGAAUCUAGAAACCUUACACACACCAAUCAUUUUACCGUGUAAAAUGUGUCCAAUGGAAUAAAAUUUUUAUUGAAAGCAUC